AUGGACGUUGUCAUAGUCAUCAUCUUGGCUAACUUUCGCAACGGCCAAGAAACCUACAAAGCGCCGCGGUACCACCUCGAAAUGACAGACUCCAGACUCAUUGAACGAUGGAAACAAACCAAGAUAAUUGGAAUUAUUGGUAUGGGCGACAUGGGCCAAAUGUAUGCCGAGAGAUUCGGGCAACAUGGAUGGAAAGUUGUGUGCUGUGACCGAGAAGAGAAAUACGAGGAAUUGCUAGAAAGCUCGCGAAACAAGAAGUACACUGUUGUUGAAAAUGGGCAUUUUGUAUCGAGAGUCAGCGACUACAUCAUUUACAGCGUUGAAGCUGAGAUUAUUGACAAAAUCGUGAGAGAAUAUAGCCCAUCUACGAAAGUUGGAAGCAUUGUUGGAGGACAAACAAGCUGUAAGAGCCCCGAAAUCAAGGCGUUAGAGAAGUACCUACCCGAGGAUGUCGAUAUUGUUUCUGUACACUCACUACACGGUCCACGAGUCAAUCCAGAAGGUCAACCGUUAGUCCUGAUCAAACACAGGUGCCACAAUGAAGAGUCUUUCCCAUUUGUAGAGGCAGUCGUCUCCUGUCUUAAGAGCAAACAAGUUUUGCUGACGUACGAGGAACAUGAUAGAAUCACUGCGGACACUCAGGCUGUCACACACGCGGCAUUUUUAAGCAUGGGCGUUGCAUGGUACAAAAAGCAGUUGUAUCCCUGGACUAUUGGUGUUAAUAGGUGGUACGGUGGAUUUGAAAACGUGAAAGUCAAUAUCUCUCUUCGAAUCUUCUCUAACAAAUGGCACGUUUACGCGGGUUUGGCUAUCACCAACCCAGCCGCUCACCAACAAAUAAUGCAGUAUGCGAAAAGCGCCAGCGAGCUGUUCAGCCUUUUUGUACAAGGUAAAAAAGAAGAGCUAACGCAGCGGCUUCUCGUGGCCAAAGAAUUCGUCUUUCCCGAGCAAAAAUCACACAGAUUAUUGCUGGACGAUUCUCUGCUAGAGAGAUACUCGCUCAGCAAGCAUGUACCUCAAGAGGGUGAGGAAACCCUUCCGAACUCGCAUCUGUCGCUUCUGGCAAUUGUCGACAGCUGGUUCCAGCUUCAAAUCAACCCUUACGAUCACAUUAUAUGCUCUACGCCGUUGUUCAGAAUCUUUUUGGGCGUCACAGAAUAUCUGUUUAUGACACCCAACCUGCUCGAGACUACCAUAGACGCUGCGAUCCAUCAAACUGCCUUCCGUGAUGACGACUUGGAGUUUGUAAUAGCGGCCCGGUCAUGGAGUUCCAUUGUGUCAUUCGAGAGCUACGAUCUUUACAGACGCCAAUUCGAAGAAGUUCAAGAGUUCUUCAAACCCAUGUUGCCGGAAGCCAACGUUAUUGGGAAUGAGAUGAUAAAGACCAUUUUGCGUCACGUUAACAACCAUAGCAUCUAA